UAAAAUAAUGUACACUGACACUGACAGUCUUAUUUACAACAUCAAAUGCGAUGAUGUAUACGAGCACAUAAAACGUGAUAUUGCAAGGUUUGAUAGGAGUGAUUAUCCCGCUGACAACGUGUACAGUAUAUAAGAAAAUGCUUGUAAAUAAGAAAGUUCCGGGUUUGAUGAAAGACGAAAACAAUGGAGCGAUAAUGAUGGAAUUUGUCGGUCUCAGAGCGAAGAUGUACGCGUUGAGAGUGAACAGUAAAAGGGAUGCAAAAAAGGCCAAAGGCGUUAAAAGUAAUGUCGUAGCGCGAACGAUAACUUUUAACGAUUAUACACAAUGUUUGAAAGAGGAGAUUGAAACGACUCGCCAACAAUCAUGCAUUAGAUCAAAAUUGCACGAAGUGUACCCAGUGUCCGAAACGAAAAUCGCUCUGAGUCCGUAUGAUGACAAGCAAUAUAUCAUACCAGAAUCAAUCGAUACGUUACCAUGGGGACAUUAUCGUAUACCGCUGUAAAAAAAAUGUAUAUAUUACAAUGUAUAUAUUACAAGUGUACCCCGAUUAAGUUAAAACAUAUAUUAGAUUAGGAUAUAUGUC